CCUCAGAGGAAGAAGGUGUUUGUCACCAAACACCAGAGCCGUUGCCGAAGACUAUCUUUGGUGUCACCGCGGUCUCUGUUGUUAUGUCUUGAUACUGCUGCUAAUGUUGUUUCUGUAAAUUGAAAAAUAAAUGUUUUGAAGGUCAGUAAAUACAUGCAAUAUUGUCAUCUUCAUAGUCGUGACUUAAGUUUUGAAACAAGCAAGAAUCUAGAGGAAUAGUUAUCAGCUGAACUGAGAUCUGCUGCUGUGAAGAUGGUGUUUGUUAAAGAAGAGAACAUGAGUCAACCAGAAACAUGCAGUAUUAAACACGAGGAACCAGAAACCUGCAGAAUAAAACAAGAGGAACCAGAACCCCUGAGGAUAAAACACGAGGAUUCAGACACCUGCAGAAUAAAACAAGAACCAGAAACAUGGAGAAUAGAACAUGAGGAACAAGGAGCUUCUGCAGCUAGUGCUCCGUCAUUUUGCAGUACCACCGCGUGUGACGUCACGGAUGGUCUGAUGAAUGUGAAAGAGGAAAGACGAGAUCUGAAUGAAGUGGACAAACUUUGGGAUCAAAAAGAUCAUGAUGUCAAUGAAGAAAAAUCUGUGAAUUGCAGCAGCAUCAAAAUAACAGAAGUCAAAAGUCCUUUCAUAUGCUCUCAGUGUGGAAAGGCUUUCAAACAUAAACAAACCCUUAAGAAGCACAUGUUAAUUCAUAGUGGGCGAAAACCUUUCAGCUGCUCUCAGUGUGGAAAGAGUUUUACACAGAAAAGAGGCCUUGAGGAUCAUCUGCCGGUUCACUCUUCAGUAAAGCCUUUCAGCUGCUCUCAGUGUGGAAGAACUUUCCCAUGUAAAACAAACCUUAAUAAGCAUAUGUUAAUUCAUACUGGGAUAAAGCCUUUCAGCUGCUCUCAGUGUGGAAAGGGUUUUACACAGAAAGGAAACCUUAAGGAACAUUUGGUUAGUCAUACUUCAGAAAAGCCCUUCAGCUGCUCUCAGUGUGGAAAGUCCUUCAAACAUAAACAAAGCCUUAGGAAUCACAUGAGAAUCCAUAGUGUGGAAAAGCCUUUCAGCUGUCUUCAGUGUGGAAACACUUUCAUGACCAAUGAAAACCUUAAGGAUCACAUGCUAAUUCAUGCUGGAAUAAAGCCUUAUACCUGCACUCUGUGUGGAAAGAGUUUUACACAGAGAGGACACCUUAGAAAUCAUUUGUUAAGUCACAGUUCAGAAAAGCCUUUCAGCUGCUCUCAAUGUGGAAAGUCUUUCAAACAAAAACAAAGCCUUAUUUAUCACAUGAGAAUCCGUAGUGAGGGGAAAGCCUUUCAGUUGUAUUUAGUUUGGAAACCCUUUCAUGUGUAGCGAAAACCUUAAGAAUCGCAUGCUAAUUCAUGCUGAAUUUAAGCCUUUUACCUGCUCUCAGUGUGGAAGGAGUUUUACACCGAAAGGAUACCUUGAAACUCACGUUAAGUCAUGCUGGUUAAAAGCCUUUCAGCUACUCUGUGUGGAAAGUAUUUCAAAUAUAAAGGAUACCUUAUGAAACGCAUGAAAAUCCAAAGUGGGGAAAAGCCUUUCAGCAACUUUCAGCUGUAAACAGGGAUUUGAUCGUCACAUGAGAAUUCACACUACAGAGAUGCCUUACCAGACAAUUCAUAAAAAUUAAAAGCCUCACGCCUGUCUUGUUUGUGGAAGAUUUAUGUAACUUAAUAUUAAUAUGUACAUUGGUCCCACAUGAUCAGAAAGUGGAAAACUGGCUUAAUUGUCCUAUUUUUCCUCAAAUAAUUAUAGCUUGCCAAACUAAAAUAAUUAAUUCAAAUUAGACUACUUAAUAGUCAUGUUGAUUCAAGAUAUUAUUUGUCAUUAUUGUAACACAAAUGUAUUGUGUACUAUUAAAGUGAUUUCAUAAUGUCCAUAUGUCCCUGGUACCAGAGUUGUGUAAACUGAACUUGCUUAAAGGAAACUCUCUCCAAAUGUACUUUAGACAUUUUCAAAUAUGUGUGUGUAAAUACAAAAUCAUGAGUUUACAAAUAAAUAUUGCCAUUUGCAAGUGUUGGUAGUUAA